AUGGCUCCAUCCACCAUUUUCUGGCCAAAAGUCAACGACUAGAUGGUCAAACAUAUCGUUGACAUGGAAUAGAACAAACCCAAAAAGCCUAAAACAUGAUUCCGGAAACAGGUGAAUGACCAUAAGUGGUAUGAUACCUCGAUUGUUGUUGUUGUUGUUGUAACCUCCAUAGCCUCCGCCAUAGCCUCCAUCAUAUCCUUCGUCAUAUCCUUCAUCGUAUCCUUCCCCAUACCCUCCAUCGUAUCCUCCACCAUACCCGCCGCCAUACCCACCCCCACCAUAUCUACCACCAUAUCCUCCGCGGUAUCCACCACCGUAUCCGCCUCUGCCCCAGCCACGCCCUCUUCCUCGGCCGCGAACGUGUCCUUGGCCGUUUGAGUCUGAAGAUCAUAGGGACCUAAUGGUCAGUGUAUAGUUAAACUUUUGGCCGAGAUGAAACUGUCUUGGAGUACAUGGCAGUACCUUCUGGCACAGCAACUUGGGCCUCCUUGCUCUGGGGGCUGCUGCUGCUGCUGCUGCUGCCAUUGCUGCUUCUGA